AUGUCGGGAAAGAUUCCCUUCCGAACUUCCCGAGUCUUUGUUCGCAAGGCCGGGGCGGGCGGCUUCGCUGGGCGGAGGGCCGCGGGCUCGGCUGUGCGCUCCAUGGCGGCCACGGUCACGGCGGCGCCCCCCGCGCCCGAGCCCGCCCGCCGGGCGCCCCCUCCCGGCCCGAUCCCCGGCCCCGAACCCCGGCCCACGGACCCCGGCGGCCCCGGGGGGGUGCCGAGGGCGAAGGCGGCAGAGCCGGGCGCCGCUUACCAGGUCAUCCCCGGGUGCCCCGCGGUCACCGCCGGAGUCAAGUUCACGUCCGGCCUGCGCACGGUCCGAGGUCCGGGCGCGGCCGGGCCGAGCGAAGCCGCGAGAGGCCGCCGGCCCCGGGGCACGCUGCACCCGGCCCCGCGGCGCCGCUGUCACCCCGGUCCCGCGACCCCAACUUUGCGCACAGUCGCUGAGCUGGAAGUUUCCGGGCUUCGCGGUGCGCUGGGCUGGGUUUCAGCAGCGUCGUCUGAGCUUGGCAACAAAGAGGGAGCGCAGGCCUGGAGAGGGGAGGAAAGAAAGAAAUACGACGGGGAGACGCCUGGCUACUUAGAAAUCUCCAGGACCUGA